UCUAGGAAGAGGUCGGGAGAAAUCAGACGGCGGCGAGCGCCUGGCCUUCGCUUGUUGGGUCGCCGCCGCCGCCCUCCCCCACCCCCGAUAAGCUCCGGUCUCCCCGAAGUCCCCGUGUCGCUCCUGUGGACCCGCCUCCCAGGUGGCAACGCGGGCCAUCGAGUGGGUGGCCCCGCCGACAAGCCAGAAAGCUCCUUCCCUUCCCCCUUUUGACGGGAACCGAGGCUCCAGGAAAAGUUGCAGACUGAGGCGGCCCGCAACGCCGUUUUCUGGGCGGGCAGCCCCCUUUCUCUGCCGGGGGAGCAGCCACUAGCCCCUGCUCGGGGGUCUCCCCCUCCCGGCUGCGCUGGGUGGGGCGGGCUCGGGGUCGAGAUGACCCAGGAGCGGCCCAAGUUCUAUCGGCAGGAGCUGAACAAGACGGUUUGGGAGGUGCCUGAGCGGUACCAGAACCUCUCGCCGGUGGGCUCUGGGGCUUACGGUUCCGUUUGCUCUGCCUUUGACAACAAAACUGCCCAGCGAGUGGCUGUGAAGAAAUUGUCCAGACCAUUUCAGUCCAUCAUACAUGCCAAAAGGACCUACCGUGAAUUGCGUCUGCUUAAACAUAUGAAACAUGAAAAUGUUAUUGGACUUCUAGAUGUAUUUACACCCGCAAAGUCACUAGAGGAAUUCAAUGAUGUAUACCUUGUAACCCAUCUAAUGGGAGCAGAUCUGAACAAUAUUGUGAAAUGUCAGAAGCUCACAGAUGAUCAUGUACAGUUUCUUAUCUAUCAAAUUCUUCGUGGUUUGAAGUAUAUCCAUUCAGCUGAUAUAAUACACAGAGAUUUAAAACCUAGUAACUUAGCUGUGAAUGAGGACUGUGAACUAAAGAUACUGGAUUUUGGGUUGGCUCGACAUACAGAUGAUGAGAUGACGGGCUAUGUAGCAACCAGGUGGUACAGAGCUCCUGAGAUCAUGCUGAACUGGAUGCAUUACAAUCAAACAGUUGAUAUUUGGUCUGUUGGAUGCAUUAUGGCUGAGCUGUUGACUGGAAGAACACUGUUCCCUGGUACAGACCAUAUUGAUCAGUUGAAGCUCAUUUUGAGACUCGUUGGAACCCCAGGCCCUGAGCUUUUGAAGAAAAUCUCUUCAGAGUCUGCAAGAAACUAUAUACAGUCCUUAUCUUACAUGCCGAAGAUGAAUUUUGAAAAUGUAUUUAUUGGUGCCAAUCCGCUGGCUGUAGACUUGCUGGAGAAGAUGUUGGUGCUGGACACAGACAAACGAAUUACUGCUGCUGAGGCACUGGCCCAUGCCUAUUUUGCUCAGUAUCAUGACCCUGAUGAUGAGCCAGUUGCAGAUCCUUAUGACCAGUCCUUUGAAAGCAGAGAACUUGAUAUUGAGGAAUGGAAAAGCCUGACAUAUGAUGAAGUAAUUAGCUUUGUGCCACCACCACUUGACCAAGAGGAGAUGGAGUCCUGAGAAUCUGUUUCUCUCUCUUUGUCCCAUAUCACUGUGAGGGGAAGGCCUUUUUCAUAGGGAUUCUCCAAAUAUCAUUCAAGUGCCUCUUGCCGUGAAGAUUCUCCUUGGGGGAGGGGUUUUGUGUGUGUGUUUGUAUUGAAUGGGGGAGGGGGAAUUUGGAAGAAAGUAUUUAUACAGUUACUAUGUAAACAUGCUGCAUGUUCUCUUGUAUUUUUGUAUACAGUCUGGGACAUGCUUCUUGAAGGCCUAUUUGAUUGCUUUUUAGCCCUUAUGGUUGGUAACCAGCUUUCACUGCUCUGGGGCAAGGCAGAUUUUAUGCAGGGAAGCUGAGAUUUCAAAUUCUCAGUCGCAAUUCUUGCCAUUAAAUGGCGUCCUGUCAAGAAAAAUACUUAAAGGAAGCUGAACUAUUACUUGAACUGUGCCCUCUACUUUCUAGGUGAGAGGAGGGUGAGGGAUGUGUCUCCAUCCUGUGCCAUGUGGCUGCUCUAUACCCAAAACCUCUUCCCAAUAUUGUAAACAGCAGAAUGGCUAUUUGGAAUUUUUUGUCUGAAACAGUAAAAAAAAAAAGUGCCUUAAAUUAAUGAGGAAAUUAGGUCUGGGUUACUGCUUUCUUAACAACAAGUGGAAUUUUGCAUUCCAAGGUGUGGUCCCCAGGGUAGCCAUGUAUGACCACUGUGGCCAGGAUGCCAAUCUUCCAAGAGGAUAGAGGAGUGUGUCCCUCAUUAAUUGAAUUUGGUCAUACCUCUUUUCUUGCCCUGCUGUCACCCUAAGAUAUCCCAGCAGUAGUUCUGUAAUGAAGCCUGUGCACUUUGUGUAUAUUAUUAAGAUGGCAGGGGAGCAGAUCGUAUGUCCAUGUAGGCUUGUCUGUGCAUGUGGGCUUACUUCUGUUACCUUGGAGGAGGUACCAGGAUGGUAAAUCAUCCAUUAAAUCACUUUAUUCAGUACCACAGCCAAAGCCAUAAAGAACUGCAGCAACCAUCUAACCUUGUGCAAUUUAUUGUUGACAUUCUGGGCACUUUUUAAUAUGAAAAAGGGACAGGUGAACAUGCAUGUUUCUUUGCUCUUUCUUUUUGUGGCUUUAAGAGUGUUUUCCUUUAUCAGUCUAAGCGUGCCAGAGCACAUGAUUGAGAUAAUUGUAGUAAUAUAUCACAGAAAUCAAAGAAGUGAAGUUGCCCUGUUUUAGGGAUUAAGUGGGGGGCAUCGGUUCAAGUAUUUUGUGUUCAUCAGGUAUUCUUGAGACCCUGUUUUUAAAGUAUUUUUCCAAAAUUUGUAUAAUUGCAGGUAUCAUGCAUGGAUUAUAUGCCUGCCUCACUGAAAAGAUUAUAGCUUUGCAGUAUUUUGUUUUCUGAUGGGUCUGGGAUUUUUGUGUAUUUAUCCCUUUGUACAGAAAAGCCACAAAAAAGAUGGUGUGUGGAUAAUGAAACCAUCAGAUCCUUCCUUUGUAGUGAUCUCCCUUCAGGUCAGACUCUCUGUAGAGAACUUGGAUUUGUGGUCCAGAGAGCAGCGCUCCUUCAUGCUUCUGGUUCAGAGGCCUCCUUAAGACCAAACAAAAUCAACUCCCUGUUCUGGACCUGCAGUUUGGAUAUUCAGAUGGAAAUGUAGAUAUGUUCUGUAAAACAUACAGAGACUAUUUUUAUCAACCAUUUUAUGUGUAGAUGCUCCAGUGUGACUUACAUGCAGAAAUACAACAAAAGAAUUUUAAAAUGUAUAGGUAUUUGUGUGAGAGUGGAAAUAUUUCAAAGCUGAUAUUCUCCGUGGGAGCCCCUGUGGAGCCCUAUAGUGUGGUGCUGUUCUAAUGCCUGAGUUCUGGACAGAAAGUACACACUUUACAGAGGAAUUCUGCAAUUUUGAUAAUAUCCAGGGACUUUGCUCUAACUGGUUAUGCCAAAUAGGAUAUCACACAAUGCCACUGGUUAAAAUAAAACCUAUUUUUCAGAGUCAA